GUGACAUACGGAACCCACUUCCGCCCCGCUCACCGUGCCUGCGGAUCACAGAAGCCCUUCAAGACAGCAGUUCUCCAGCAACGGGCUGUCGCAUUACAGAAGCAAAUUGCAUUGUUUUCCUGCCCCUUUCGCCAGUGAUACUUUCCAAAAAACCUAGAGUAACUGCUGUUACCUUGAAGAAGGUGGAAGAUGUCGGUGGUGCGGAGUCUUCUGAGCCAGUCAAGACAAAGCCUUAUACGUACCAUUCUUGGUGCUUGCUCUGUCCGCGCAUAUCGUGGAGAUACUCCUGAUGAUGAAAUGAAAGACAUUUUUCAGAUUCUGCUUCCUCCAUGGGUAGAGCGAACCAAUGAGCCAGCAGAUACAAAGCGAGCACGCCUGCUGUACGAGAGCCGUAAGCGGGGAAUGCUAGAGAACUGCAUCAUACUGAGUUUCUUUGCCAAAAAAUAUCUAAAUAAAAUGACAGAGAAGCAGCUGAGCUUGUACGAUAAACUGAUAAAUCAACCAAGCAAUGACUGGGACAUUUACUACUGGAUUACAGAAACCAAGCCAACUCCUCCAGAAUUUGAUAAUGAAGUAAUGACCUUGCUGAAGGAAUUCACCAAAAAUCGCAACAUGGAGCAGAGGAUAGGGCAGCCUGCUCUCGAUUAUCUCUUUGAGAACAAAAAUUAAAAUUGGAUUAUUUUGCUCAUAAAAGGUCUGCUGACAAGACUUUUACUCUAGAUCACUUGAGUAAAACUAAACAGAAACUCGGAAAUUCAAAUCUUAACUAGUUUAUUACCAUUAAAAGUAGCUGAGGUAGCACUGGCUAUUUUUGAAGUGAAUGAAUCAUUAUCUGUUUGUGUAUAGAAGCUGAGCCGAUGGGAUCUUAUCCAGCAAAGUGCCAGCUCUGAAAUAUGAAUAGUUCUGUGUCAGAAUUGAUUUGCUUCUGUCAAUAUCUGUCACUGAAAUUGAACUAUAUAUGGUCUUGUAUAGAAAAAGUAAAGGAUUUAAGUUGAUGCUUUGAAAAUAAAUAAGCUUGUUUUCUGAA